AUGAGCGAAGACUAUCUGGAUGUUCCAGGUACUGUCAGGAUGUACGAGGGGCCGGCAGGGGAAGAAGUCGUGGGCGCUGAAGGUAUCAAACUCGUCCCUGCUCCAAGCAGGGAUCCCAACGACCCCCUGAAUUGGUCAAGAGGCCGAAAGUACCUGAUGCUCACCUGUGUAUGCAUAUACACCGUCUCCGCCACAAUCUUAUCAUCAGAUUUAUACUCUGUGUUCGAUCCCCUCUCUGCUUCAACCGGCCUUUCUUUGGACCAACUAAACGAAGGUACUGGAUACUUGUAUCUCUUCAUCGGCUUAUCUACCCUCAUCUCCCAGCCCUGCUCCUUGGCGUUUGGCAAGAAGCCGGUCUAUCUCGUCUCUGCGUUUGGCGCAGCUGCGGUCAACAUCUGGACCGCCUUCGCCAAGGGCAACGGGCAGUGGAUUGCAAGUCGCCUUUUGUUGGGCUUCUUCAUCUCACCAUCCUUUACUCUGAUAGAGGUGUCGAUCGCGGAUGUCUUCUUUCUCCAUGAGCGAUCAUUCCCACUCGGGAUCUACCUUUGUCUGCUCUUCAUGGGAGUGAGUCUGGGACCACUUUUCUCGGGAUACAUCUACGAAGGCAUCGGAUGGAAAGCGAUCAUUUGGCUUUCCACAGGACUGAUGGUCAUUGUCGGUUUGCUACUCUUCUUGUUACUCGAAGAGACAUCCUUCCAACGCGACCACUCAACCCACAUCCACGCCGACUCAUCUGCAGCAACAAGUGACGGCAUCAAACCCGCCUUCUCUUCGGACCGUUUGUCGGGCACAUAUACGUCGAAAGAGGCGACUGCAAAAAAUGCCGACGUGACAGAAGAGACCGACAAGAAGGGUAUCUCAACGUCGACCACGUUUCAAGUAGACCCGACCCUGACAACGGCGACCCAUAUCGAGCCUUCUACAUGGCCUGGGCCCAAGUUCUGGAAGUUUGUCAAGCCUCACAGACACGCUCCGGGGAUCCUUCUGAGGGGCUUGACCCAACCCUUCUUGCUCAUGAGACUCCCCCUGAUCUGGUGGAGUGGAUUGAUGUAUGCGACCUAUCAGAUUUGUUUCAAUCUGAUCGCAGCUAUCUCAUCUGGUAUCCUUGCGGACGAGCCCUACAACUUCUCAACCAGUCAAGUCGGUCUCAGCUUCCUGUCCCCCCUGAUAUCUGCUAUCCCUGGGGCCGUUUUUGGCGGUUUGUUGGCCGACAAGUUUGUUCUACGCCAAGCGCGCAGCAACAGCGGCAUCGCAGAAGCAGAGCAUAAACUCAAGCUCUACAUCAUUCCCACAGUCCUCACGCCCAUCGGUCUCCUCAUGAUGGGCCUUGGUCCAUAUUAUGGUGCCCACUGGAUCGUCUACAUCCUCGGCUGCUUCAUUGUUAACCUGGUUGGCCCACUGGCCACGAUCUUGACAGUGGCAUACGCCUUUGAUUGUUUCCAUCCCAUCAGGCCUAGAGAUGAACACGGGGUGCAAGCCUGUGCGCAGGAUGCGGCUCCAUAUCUGCUGUCGAUAAUUAUACUGGCCAUGUGCUUCACCUUUGGCUUUAAUUAUGCCAUCACGCCGUGGUGCUUUGGGUGGGGUUUGCGGAAUUUUGCCAUCUCUUCAUCCAUAAUCAUCACCGUGAUUAACGCAUCGGUGUUCCUGGUUGUCAAAUGGGGAAAGAGAUUGAGAAGGUCGCAAGAGUCUUACUAUAGAUGGGUUAUCAACUUGUAA